UCAAGAGUGUCAACAACCACUUCAACUCAAAUCAGCCUCCAAUUCCAUUAGAGGCAAACAUCGCUUUGUCAUAAAAUCAUUUCAUAUUGGAUACGACGAAUGAACCAAUCUCCAGGAUUUAAAUUGUUUCUUGUUGCACGUUGUUAUUUUUGUCGAAGCAACCUGCAACUCCCUAGGACGCGGAAACUAUCCUGUUGCUCCAUCAAAGCCAGUGCAGUCUAUAACUUUUUAGGGAUCUUAGAAUAUUUCUGAAAGUUCCGUUUUGGGGUUGUGGUCCAGCGCAGAGCUUCUUUGGCGGAGAGUUAGGAGACAUGACAGCGCUAGCGGGGGGCAUACCGAGAAUGAUGCGCCCAACACCACACCAAAACUACCCGCGUGGAGGCUAUUCUCUGGAAGUCUCUACACCGUUAGGCCAGGGCCGGGUAAACCAGCUCGGUGGGGUGUUUAUUAAUGGCAGACCACUUCCCAACCACAUCCGCCACAAGAUCGUGGAGAUGGCCCACCACGGCAUCCGACCCUGUGUCAUCUCCCGCCAGCUCAGAGUCUCUCACGGUUGCGUCUCCAAAAUCCUGUGCAGAUAUCAGGAGACUGGUUCCAUCAGACCCGGGGCCAUUGGAGGCAGCAAACCCAAGCAGACAACUACCCCAGACGUGGAUAAGAAGAUCGAGGAAUACAAGAGAGACAACCCCGGCAUGUUUAGCUGGGAAAUCAGGGAUACAUUACUCAAAGACGGCAUCUGUGACAGAAAUAACGUUCCAUCAGUGAGUUCUAUCAGCCGGAUCAUGCGUUGUAAAUUCGGGGGAGUUGGAGGAGAAGAUGAGGAGGACGAUGAUGAAAUUGAGAAGAGGGAAUUAGAAGAGAAUGAAAGACGGGCGAAACACAGCAUUGACGGCAUCCUGGGAGAUAGAUCCAGCCAUUCGGAUGAGGGUUCAGACGUGGACUCGGAGCCGGGCCUGCCGCUGAAGAGGAAACAGCGUCGCAGUAGGACCACCUUCACUGCCGAACAGCUGGAGGAGCUGGAGAGGGCCUUUGAGCGGACCCACUACCCCGACAUCUACACCAGGGAGGAGCUGGCGCAGAGGGCUAAACUCACUGAGGCCAGGGUACAGGUGUGGUUCAGCAACAGGAGAGCCCGGUGGAGGAAACAAGCAGGAGCCAAUCAGCUGAUGGCAUUUAAUCACCUGAUCCCUGGUGGUUUCCCGCCUUCAGCUAUGUCAAGCUUACAGCCCUAUCAGCUGUCGGACAGCCCCUACCCGCCCUCCUCCAUUUCACAAAUGUCAGAACAGCCCAGUACGGUCCACAGGCCUCAGCCUUUACCUCCCACCUCAGUGCACCAGGGUGGGCUCGGCUCAUCAUCGGGGGCCCAGGACGGGAGUUCGGCCUACUGCCUGUCGUCCGGACGCCACGGCUUCUCUGGCUACUCGGACAGCUUCGUGGCCCCACCCGGCCACUCCAACCCGGUGAACCCGAGCAUCAGCAACGGUCUCUCACCGCAGGUGAUGGGGCUGUUGAACCCUGGAGGUGUACCCCACCAGCCCAGUCACCAGAGUGACUUUGCCCUGUCUCCCCUGACCGGCGGCAUGGAGCCCGGGGGCGGCAUGGCGGCCAGCUGCCACGGCUCCCAGCGGGGCCUGGAGGGUCUGCCAGGACUGACCAGCAUGCCAACUCUGCCCAGCUCCCAGUCCUACUGCCCGCCCAGCUACAGCUCUCCUGCCUACGCCGUGGACCACCACCCGUCCUACCAGUAUGGACAGUACGGACAGAGCAAGGUGCCUUUCAUUAUCUGAAGCCGCCACAUCGCCAGGAGUGGAUGAGAUCUUUGUCAACUCCAGAGCGCCACCCCCUCCCUCAGUCCCUCCAUACUCAGCCCGUUGAGGAGAAGAGACAACCAGAGAUGGAGGGACGAGGAUAGGGACUGGGGGGGGGGUACUCUGGUUGGGGACGUGAGGGGGUGGACUCGCCGGGAUAAUCAGGACCAAAGGGGCAGCCCUCUCCAGUUACCUGGCACUUGGCCCGCUUGCGCCUCACAUCCUGCUCCGGAAACCGAGCACGCCUUGCUCUCCAUGCUUCACGAAAAAAACAAACAGAGGGAAGGAGCGAAGGCGGAGGGGAUGAAUGAAAAAUGAAGGGGCCGAAUAAAACCGCGACAACAAAACAAAAUUCUCUUGUACAAGAAUCUGCUCUUGAUAUGUAGAAAGUGGGCAGAGUUGGGAGAGGACUUUGUACCUGUUUUUCCUUUCUUGACGGGAGGAGAGGGAGGUUUUAGGGAGCAAUCCUAUAGUCAUAGGUGAUCUAUCAAUGCUAUGGACCUGUGAUAGCCACCUCUCACUAAACCGCCAUACUUUAUGUGUGGGACUUACAACGUCUUAGGGAAAUGUUCUCAUACUGUACGCCGUUACUGCGUAUUAUUUCAUAUGAUUUGGGGAAAUGAAAAAGUGUUCGAUCAGGAGAAGAAAAACUGCAGUCAAUUUGCUUUGUAAAAAUGACUUAUGUUGGGAUACGGUCGAGGUCUGGACAGUGGGAUCCUUCUUUCACCUGGCUAGGAUGAAAGACAGACUUACAGUGUUAGAUGGAAGCUGCUGCAACCCAAAGAAGUGCAAUACAUUCAUACCUCAGAUGAAAUGAAUUGACACACGUCUGUUUACCAAUCUCCUUAACUAGCCAGUUUGUUUAUGUGAAUCCCCAUUGUAUUGUGCAAAACCAAGGUAGCUGGGUUGCUCAAAUCACUCUGAAGCAAAGCAGUUUUAAUCAUUAAACUCCAUUUGUACAGGUAAUAGGUACUUUUUUUGACAUAGAUCCUGUGUUGAUUUCCGUACGAGAUAUAAGUCUGAGUGAAAAGAAAAGAUUCUGCCCGUACAGAUGUUGGACCUCGCUUGUAGUCACACAAUCCAUUCAGGUAUACAUGGGACCUGAUAAAACACAGCUACCUUUCCCAGUCAUGUAGUAUUUAUUCAGUUGAUCUCAUCUCGGGUUAAUAUCCCUGACCUUGGCACUCAGUGGCCCUGCCUAUUCAGUCUUAAACAGUGAUGGAAAUGACACAUAUAUUGUUUUGUUUUUGUAUACAUAUAUCAUUUUUCAUUCAUGACUGCGUACAAUAAUUUUUUUGUUGUAAUGUCUUGUGUCAAA